UGUUUAGCUGCUUUGUUAUAGAUUCCUUCUAGGUUUCCUGCAGAUUUUAAGUGUUGCAAUGGAACCGAGCUGGAGUACAUUUUUAUUCCAGUCUUCUGUAGGUCCCAUGGUUCCAGGGAAUCCACGUAGGGACUACUACACAGGGAUCAGACAGGCCAAUGAAGCCCUGCAUCACCAGCACCAGGUGGCCCAGAACAGCUUGCUGCCUCUCCUCCAGUCAGGAGGACCAGAACCUGUGGACCAGAAGCCUGUGAUGCCCAUCCUCCUGGACCAGAAGCCCCCGGUCAGCGUCGCUGAGCUCCUCAAGGACAAUGUAGCCAGCGGGACGGGGGGAGGCGGUGGUGGCGGCGGCGGUCCCGUUGCAGUGGUGAAGAAAGAGCCCAAGUCCAAAACACCGUUCAUCUGCGGCUACUGCAACAAAGCCUUCCGGGACAGUUACCAUCUCAGACGGCACGAGUCCUGCCACACGGGCGUCAAGAUGGUGUCCCGUCCCAAGAAGACACAGACGGCGCCCACGAUGGUGCCCAUGAUCUCCACAGUGCCGCAGCGCGAGAACAGCGGCGGCCAGCCCUCUUACAUAUCCACCAUCGCUGGCAUCCUCACCACGGCAACCACCUCGGCCUCCACGGGCUCCAGCAUCAUGUCUCCCACCAUGGUGCCCCAGCAGCAUCAACAUCAGCAGCAUCAGCAGCAGAGCCAGCCCAAGAAGCCUGCCAAGCCAGUGAAGAAGAACCAUGGCUGUGAGAUGUGUGGCAAGGCCUUCCGUGACGUCUAUCACCUGAAUCGUCACAAGCUGUCCCACUCAGACGAGAAGCCCUUUGAGUGCCCUAUUUGCCAGCAGCGCUUCAAGAGGAAGGACCGCAUGACCUACCACGUGCGCUCACACGACGGGGGUGUUCACAAACCUUACAUCUGCUCUGUCUGUGGGAAGGGCUUCUCCAGGCCUGACCAUCUAAGCUGUCAUGUGAAGCAUGUUCAUUCAUCAGAGAGACCCUUCAAAUGCCAAGUAACGGCCUGCACCUCUGCUUUCGCCACCAAAGACCGCCUGCGCUCCCACAUGAUCCGACACGAGGGCAAGGUGACCUGCAACAUCUGUGGCAAGAUGCUGAGCGCCGCCUACAUUACCAGCCACCUCAAGACCCACGGCCAGGCCAGCUUCAACAACCCCUGUAAUAAAGGGCUAAGUGACUGGCAGUGGAACCACCACUCAGGGCUACGAAAAGACUCCAACAACGUGCACAACUCGGGCUCGGCGACACCUGUCACCAACUCUGCUGCCAUCACCUCGGCGAUGAACCGCGGCAACGCCAGCAACCCGGUAACCAUCGCUGCCCAGAUGAACAUCACCACCAGCACGGUCAACAUCACCUCUCCAAUCAACUUGCAGCACCCAGUGACCAUCACCGGGCCCAUGAAUAUAGCCCACCCUGUGGCCAUCACCUCUGGGAUGCCCAUGAAUAUAACCGGGCCUCUCAACAUCGCAAUGCGGCCCAUGGAUAGCAUGCCUUUUCUCUCCCAGGUCCUGCCUUCCUCCCCUCCCUGGUAGUAACCCCUUCCCUGGCCCCUGGUUAGCAUCUCUUUAUCAACCCCUCCCACCUCUCUCCUUCUACCCCCAAACCACCACCUCCUCCCUUACUUUAGCAGACCUUCCUCCUUACCAGGAGUACUAUAGAUGAUGAUUUAGUAUGGGGGGGCUAGCUGUACCCGUCUGUCUGUAGUUGCUGCAGCAGUGAAUGCAGCAUGAUGAGAGGUGGACUGGCCAGCCCCUGUAGAUGCUGGUGCAUUUUAUUUCAUUUAACCGCCGGUAGGAGGACAGUCCUGGAAGGCAUGUGAAGUUUCAAAAGGAGAAAUGGAGCUUUUGAAUGAUGCACCAAGUGGAUGCCUGACGUAAACAAACGAGUUAUGCCUCGCCUCUUGCGUCAGAACAUACCUGCACAUUUGGCAUUGGAAUGAAACUGUAACAGAAAUGUAUUGCUGGUAUUAAUGUUUUUUAAAUGCUCUCUUACAGAGCAGAUGGUUUUUAUAUUUGUUUUCCUUUGUUAUUAUUAUAGCCUGCUAAUCAGUAUUUAAGUUGUAAUAAUUGUAAGGGGUUAAGUACAACAAAAGGGACAAAGGCUACCAUUUUGCAGGAGGGUGAUUUUUCUGGAUAAUUUAAGGCACCACAGUUGUAUCUUAGGCCAAUGCCUUUGACUACAUAAUGUGAGCUCUCCCAGGUCCUGUACAUCUCUGGAAAAUGGUCACUUCUCACUGCUGGAUACUGUAAACCUAUACAUAAUUAUUAUUUUUUUAAUAGUUGUAAGUUGUGUUUUAUAUGAAUUCACAAAGUAGCCGGAGGACAUUAGUGGUAAUGUUACAGGAACACAAGGAGGAAAUGUCUGGCACUGAAAGCAUAUCCCCGGGUUAAUGUCCUGAAAACAGCAGUAUUAUCAAGGAUCAAAAUGUUUAGUGUUGGCUGAGAGCCCUGUUAAUGUAGAGGCUACCAGAGCCACCUAGUGGCACAGUAGACACUAUGCUGAAAAAGUGGUCCCAAAGUUCACCUUAACAUUUUUGUAAAUAUAGUUAUGUUGGGAGAGGUUUUGAUAGGGCCAUUUUAUCCCCCUCUAUUUUUGAUUGCUAGUUUAGGAUCCUAUAAGUAUGAACUUCUACUCAGGAACCUUACUGAGAGUAGCCCAAUCUUUUGAUGAGUAAAAGGAUCAAAUCAAGUUUAACACACAACCUUGACCUUUUACCCUUUCUUUGUAAAUAUUAAAACACACAAUUAUUUUGUCUUUGCCCGUCAGGAAAAAAAGUAGAUAUUCAACACAGGUCAGAGCUGCAAUGACUUUAUCGUUGUCGAUACGGCUGUCCAUUGGACUACUUUUGCAUAGUUUACUUCCAAGGUUAGUUUAAGGUUUUUCUGUCUCCUGAGGUCCUUUUUUGUUAUAUUACUGUAGAACCAACUGCCAUCUGGAGCCUGAGGUGCCCUGAAAGAGAAUGGAAGCAGAGACUAGAGGCUGUAUCCACUACAUGUGUUCUAGAAGGAUCAAAGGUUAUAGGUCAAUGGUCACAGGGCUGCUUCCUGCCCAGUGCCUGCCUGCUCUGCCUAGGCCUACAUUCAGUACACAGGCCUCUCACUCAAUUGGCAGGUACUCUUAAAGAGCAUGUGUAGCUGACACGACACAUUUCCCAAAAAUCAGGCUGUAUGGGUUUGGUAGGAACAGGCGGUGCAUUCAAACGUUACACUGGUGGACACUCUUCAGAGACUUGUGGCCUCGCCUUCCUUGUCGGUCUUGGGAGCAGCAAGGUGUUUGAGGCCUUUGAUAGUAUUGUAUGCAUGCCAACACAGUGCCCCAAGGGAAUUGCUUGACUCCGGGAUGGAAUGGCGGGUGGUCUUGUUGCCAUUUGGAUUCCCUUUCCAUCGAUGUUGCAUGUGGACGUCUGAGCUCGUCCAAGUUUGGAUUCAGUUUUUUUUUAAACUCAUUAGAAGGCUAGUGACUUUUUUUAUUUUAUUUAAUUUUUUUACUGAAAGAAAACACUACAAAAAGAAUUUGUUUUGAAGUAUGUGUGUGUUGUCCUUCCGCAGUGGCCGUAACUAGUGUGCCUGACCUGCUUUGCAACAACACUAUUCCACACUUCUGCUUCCUCUUCUAGAUGUGAUGGACAUAGACUUAGACAACACUAGUGCCCAAAAGCCCAUUUUAGCAUGGGCAGCGCCAAUGAGGACUUUUUGAAGUAGUCAACUGCGUGGGACUUCCUAUGGGUUAAGGAAGGAACACAUCACAUAAUUCCAUCCAGGUCAUCAGGAGGGAUCAGCCAAUGAAUUAAACUUGUGAGGAAACAUUCCUUAAAUGCAGUUGGCAGUAAAUCGCCAACCCUGGAUUUAUACCUGUUCAAACAACUCACUCCAGGUGGCAGUAUGCACCCUUUCAGUUUGUUUUCCAACUCAUGAAAGUAAUAGAAAAUGGACUAUUUCAAAAUGGAGAUGGCCUCAAUGGCGCUGCCUGCGCUUUCGCAGAUGUAAUGUCUAUGGUGAUGGACUUGCUUUGUGAAGGAAGCCUUAACUGUUCAGAUGGCUAAGAGCUAGACAGCCCCCUCAACCAAAUUGAAAUGUUGUGAUUUAUUUUUUAUUUUUAAGUAUGAUGAACACUGAAUAAAGUGUUUUGUAAGUAACAUUCUGUUAACAUAUUUGAGAACAUGGUCUGUGUUUUUUAAAGGGCCAUUACUCUUAUGCAUCAUCAGUUUAUUUUUAACCAAAUGCUUUUAAUUUGUUUGCAAUGACACUACAUUUCUUUUUUUUUAAAUGCAAUGAUUGGUUUUGGUCUUAACUUUUGAUUUUGGAAGAGAAGUUGGUCUGAUCUCAAAUCUUUCUCUGAAUUGGGAGAUCUUGGAGUCCUGUGAAGGCUGCUGAAUGUAUAUCUUUGUACAAAACCAUUUAGUUCAGAGGACAUGUUAGUUAUGAUAGACACAUGCAAGGGGAAAAAACUAGAACCUUUUUAUAAAUCUUUUUGUAUUAGAACAUUAACAAUGGUAAUUUUGUAUAUACGAAGACUAGGCUUUCUGAUUAGCAGAAAGGUAAAACAUUCCUACAUUUUUAAAUGUCUGUCAAGAAUAAUUGUAAACAUAUGCGCGAUGUUUUUAUGUGCCUUUUAUUUGGGUUGUCUAAAUAAAAUAACUAUAAAACAUGAUUGUGGACUGUCCAUACUGAGUCUGCAGGGAGGACAUAGUUAACAUUUGGCUCCCCCCAACACUUCCUAAAAGGUCUCUCGCUUUCUCUCUAACUCUAUUUUUCUCUUUCCCCCUCCCCCUCAGGUCUACACUGCCUGGCUCACAGUUGGCAUGCUAUUGGAGUAUGGUGUACUGAUAAGUGCCUCUGUGACUCUGUUUGCGUAUUGUGCCAAACCAUGCUCUGUGCAUGACAACAAAAUUGUUUUUUUUUCUCUUUACACAUUUUAUUUUUAUCAAUUAAACUUGGAAACUUG